AUGUCACAAAAUAUUGUCGUACAAGUUGGCCAAUGCGGUUCGCAAAUUGGUUGUCGAUUUUGGGAUUUAGCUCUACGCGAACAUGCUUCACUGAUGUCACCAACGAAUGCAAAGAAAUGUAUCUACGAUGCAUCAAUGAAUGCUUUCUUUCGUAAUAUUGAUUCUUCAAAGAAUACGCCACUGGCGUAUCCAUCUCCUAUCCAUACGUUGAAAGCACGAGCUGUUCUCGUUGAUAUGGAAGAAGGUGUACUUCGUUCAAUACUGGCUAGUCCAUUACGAGAUCUGUUCGAAGGUGAACAAUUUAUCCGCGAUGUAAGUGGUGCUGGAAAUAACUGGGCAGUGGGAAAUCGAUUCUACGGUGGAAAAUAUCGAAACGUCUUAAGUGAAGAAAUUCGUCGACAAGCAGAGCAAUGCGAUUCGCUACAAAGUUUCAUGCUUAUACAUUCUAUGGGCGGAGGGACAGGUAGUGGUCUCGGAACAUUUAUUUUGGGUUUACUGGAUGAAAUGUAUCCGAAAGUAUGUCGUAUUGUCACGCCAGUUUAUCCAUCCAAAGAUGAUGAUGUCAUUACAUCGCCGUACAACUCAGUUCUUGCUACACGUGAAUUAACUGAACAUGCUGAUUGUGUGAUACCUGUCGAUAAUGAUUCCUUGAUCGAUAUUGUUGCACGUUGUGACAGUUCGUCGAAACCGAAAGACGACGGUCGGCAUCCGUUUGAUUCAAUGAAUACGAUAGUAGCUAAUUUAAUUUUAAAUUUAACUUCGUCAUCACGUUUUGAUGGUCCAUUGAACGUUGAUUUGAGCGAAAUACCAAUGAAUCUUGUUCCAUAUCCUCGAAUCCAUUAUUUAAUCAGUUCACAAGUACCAGCACCAUUUAAAACAUCGGCCGCCAAUUCUUCCAUUCCUCGGAAUACAAAUCAGAUCUUUCGUGACGCCUUGUCUCCACAUUAUCAAACACUUCGUGUUCGACCGCAAACUGACGGUGUCUACAUUGCUUGCGGAAUGAUUCUACGCAGUAAAACCAUACAGAUGUCUGAUAUUCGUCGUAACAUUGAUAUGUUAAAAUUGAAACAUAUGAAAUUUGUCAAAUGGAAUGAAGAUGGAUGGAAAAUUGGUUUGUGCAUUGUACCACCGAACGGUUUACCGUAUUCAUUAUUAACAUUAGCAAAUAACACCUGUAUAAAGGAAACAUUCAUUGAAUUGAAAGAGCGUUUUACAACACUCUAUCGUCGAAAGGCGCAUGUUCAUCAUUAUACUGAUCAUAUUGAAUUGAAUGACUUCGAUCAAGCACGCGAAAACUUAAAUCAAUUGAUCGAAGAAUACAAACAGAUUGAAAAAACGAGUGGAUUGUUAGAAACAAACGAUAAUGAAGCUUUAUCAGCAACAACGAAUAUUCCUCGAUUAAAUGUUUUAUCUUGA